UGCAGUGUGUGUGUCUUCUCUGUGCUCGACCGAAUUGUGAUACUGCUAAGUUUUUUGCUUCUUCAAAUGCAAUGACUCAGCAGCUACAAGAUGAAUUUGACAGUAGCGUGGAGAAUGCAGAAGCAUGGAUGAAGGCCAUCCAAGAGAGACUGAGUAUCAAUGACAACACCAAGGGACCUCGAUCUGCCCUAGAAGCCAGAUUGAGAGAGACUGAGAAAAUACGUGCACUGGAACCUGAAGGCAGCUUGAAAAUUGACUUUAUUCUUGUGAAGGCAGAUGCUGCCCUUCGCAGCAUCAGUGAGGAUAAGAAGCAUGAGAUACUAUCUAAACUGAAAGACAUUAAAGCCUUGUGGGAAGAGACAACCAUAUACAUUACUCACUGUCACAGCCGUAUUGAGUGGGUGUGGCUGCACUGGAAUGAGUACCUGAAAGCCCAAGAUGAGUUUUACACAUGGAUUCGCCACAUGAGUGUGACCUUGGAGCCUGACAUUGAAUUGCAGCUUGGCUUAAAGGAGAAGCAGUGGCAGCUGAGCCACGCUCAGGUUCUGCUGAAUGAUGUCUUAAAUCAGUCAGUCCUGCUGGAAACACUGCUAGAGGAAGCUGCUUCCUUGUUCAGCAGGAUAGGUGACUCCAGCGUUAAUGAGGAUGUUCAGAAGAAAAUGAAGGUGGAAUAUGAAAAAAUCAGGGAGCAAGCUGAGAACAGAGUGAACCUGCUUAAAAAGAUAACCAAGGAACAUGAGCAGUACAGCGCUAACGUCAACCGGUUUCAAUCGUGGCUGAAUGGUGUGAUGGAAAGAUUAAACUCCUGCAUUGGAGAAGCAACUGAAUAUUCAGCAGAGGACAAGUUAAAGGCACUGAAGGAAAUUGCCAAAAACAUUAGAAGCGGUGGAAAGAAAUUGGACCAACUUGAAAACGAGUGUGCAAAUGUGAUUGAGAAUACCUCCCCACUUGGAGCUGAGAGAAUGAAAGAUGAACUUGAAAUGCUAAGAAAAGCCUUGGAGAAGUUGAAAUUGCUGCAUAGUGGGGAGGAGGAGAGAUUGCUCAAGAUCCAGGAGUCAGAAAGUGCCUAUGAGUCCCAAGCCAGACAGUUAGAAGCAGACAUCAAGGUGUUGAGAAAAUAUCUACAGAAAUUAGAAAAUCACCUAGAGCCUGGGGAAGGGGAAAAGACUGAAGAUGAGUUUGUAACCCUGUGGAGAAAAUGCAAUGCAACGAGAGCAGCUCUGGCUGCAGAAGAGACCAAUGUCGAAAGACUGAAGGCUCAGCUUAAGGAACUGCUACGGUUUUCCCAAGAUGUGCAGCCACACACUGAGAGUGUUGUCUCUGCAAUACAGCAGUAUCAAAGUGUUAGAGGCAAGACAUCUAAAAUGAGCACUGAUACAGAAACCGAACUGAGAAGACUCUUCCAAAAUCCCCUGCUAGAUUUUGAACGGUGGAAGCCAUCAGUCCAGAUGCUCCUGGAGACUCCAGAGCCAGCACUGGCUCACAUUGAGGCUGCUCUAGCUGAAAGCUCCAGUUUCAAAGAGAAGUUCAUGACAUUACAGCUGAAGAAGGAUUUGCUAAACAAUGUCCUUGGUGAGGAAAAAGCAAAGACUUUCCUGCAAGAAGUAGCUGAAGCUUCAAAGAAGAGAGAAAUUAUACAUGAAAGUCUGAUGCAGAGCAAGAGGACAAUCCAGCACUUCGAUGCUGGUUUCGCGCCUUUGCAGAAGAAAUUAUCUGCCAUUAGAGCUAAACUGAAUCUAGAGAAGGAACUGAAACCUGACCUCCUGGGUAAAAAGACACAACUCCAGAGACUUCAGAUGAUCCAAGAUGACUUGACAGAGCUUGUGGCGGAAAUGGAGGAGGUAGAGAAGCUUGUUCAGUCAAAUACCACCCACAAACGUGAAAUGAACCAACUUUCAUCUGACUCUCAGGCCCUGAAGAUAGCACUGAAGAUGAUGAUACAACAAAGUGAAGACCACAUUCAGAAGCACUGUGCAUAUAAAGACAAAUUCUCUGACCUUCAGCAGUGGAUCAGACUAACCAUGGAGAUGACUGAGCCCUACCAGAGUGCUGAAGGAGACCAGAACACUGAGGGCCAGGUGGCAGACCUUAAGAGACGGCUGGCUGAGUUACCAGAUAAGGAGAUCCAGCUGUGCCUUGUGAAAGCUUGUGGAAAACUCGUCAUGGAGAAUUCUUCCCCAGAGGAAACUGCUCAUAUUCAGGCAGAGCUGGAUCAGCUGGAGGAAUCAUGGAGACUGCUGAAGGAGAUGGAAACUAGACUUGUCAAGAAGUGGCAGUUAAGUAAACCAGGGGUUGAUAAUAAGAAGAAAAUAGAAUUUGUGGACAGCAGAUGGAUGUCUGGACCUGUGUUCCAUCAUUCAGAUGUAGAUAAGCAGGAGGGGAUAGAAGAAGGGCAACAUACAAGCAGCCACUUGAAGCUUCUACACGAAUUUGAAGAGUGGUUACAAGGAGAAAAAAAGAAACUGACCAAAAUUCUUGAUGUGGCUUCAUCUUCCACAGAGGAAAUGAAAACACGCAAGAGCAAACUGGAGGAACUGCAGUCCCGUGUGCCUGAUGGUCAGCAUCUCUUUGAGGACCUUCUUCAUAGUCAGCCUGUCACUGAAUAUUCUGAAGAUUUGGAGGACCUUCGUUACCAGUGGAUGCUCUACAAAUCUAUACUGAAAGAGUCCAUGAGUACACUGAGUCCUGGAACUUCUGAAGAACCAGACAGAUUCAGAAAGAAGCGCCCUGGAGGUGUGUGCUCAUUCCUGCAUCGCGUGUGCUGGGCAGCACUACCAUUGCAACUGCUCCUCUUGCUCCUCCUGCUCCUGGCCUUCCUCCUGCCCCUGGCAGAGGAGACCCACAGCUGCUCUCUAGCCAACAACUUUGCUCGGUCCUUCCACCUGAUGCUGAGACACAAGGGCCCACCUCCAACCUAACUUCUUGGCAUGGCACAAGGUGACUGUCAGAAAUACAGACUUUUCAACUUCAGGGUUUCUAACAAGACCAUCAUAUCAACUGGAUAUGUCAUAUAAAUGCAUCAUAAGAUUAGUCCACUUUAAUCAGGUAUAUGAGUAAAAUUAAUAUUUUUGCAAUAUUUUAUUAUUAUAUUUAUAAUGUGUAUAUAGAGAUUGUGUAAGUAUGUACAUAUUUAUAUGUAUAACAAAAUGCAUAUCUGUGGGCAACCUAACAUCCACCAUCCACUCAUCCACUGUUUAAGGAUAAUCCUGCAAAGUUUUCUGUUACUACCAUCUUUCAGCAAGGAAUACUGAAAGAUGGUUUUGUUAUGGGGGUUUUGGGGUGAUUUUAAAAGUCAGAUUCUUGUUUACAACUGAAGCCAGAGCACGUAUAAGAAGAUGUGGACAUGCAUCAGAAUGCAAACUGGAGAGCAGAUACAGUAGAAUAAUGUUUGAAUACAGUGGUUGACAUUCAACCCAAGAAAAAUUUGAACUAUUCUAUUUGAAAUUUUGGGCUGGGGUUGGUUUGGGUUUUUUUUCAGUAUUAGGAUGCAGGGAUUGCAGGAGGUAACAGAAAUGUUUCUACUGACUUCAGUAGGAGUGGGGGUGGGCCUCCUCUUGUUCUCAUUUUUUUAACAGAUUUCCAGUUACUGUGUUCUGCAGCCCACCUGAAUCAGCAGAGGUAGAAUACAGUAGAAAGAA